AUGUUUAACGAGAUUGAUGGUGACUUUGAUGACAUGACCAUCAGCACCUUCAAGGUCGGCCUCCCAGCCGAGCACAGUUUAAGGAAGUCUUUGACUGGCAAGCCUGUCAUCAGUGUGUGCCAACUCAUGGACCGAAUUGAUAAAUACAAGAGGGUUGAGGAAGACCAGCAGCUGGGGAAAGGAAAAGCUAAGGGGAGUCAUUUGCAUCAUUCUACUGGCCAGGGGAGCCAGAUAGGUUCGGAACCCCAGAGAGAUACUUCUUCAAGACCUCCUCCAGAAAUGAUCAAUGUCAUCUUUGCUGCUCCAGGAAAGACCGAUUCUUGUCCCUCUAGAGUGAUGUCUGUGGCUCGACUGUCCGCUAAGGAUAAUAAUCUGGAGCCGAAGAAGGCUAGAAUGGAUAUCCAAUCGACACUAAGUUUUUCGAACGAGGAUAAGAUUGGAACCAUACAGUCCCACGAUGAUGCUCUGGUGGUCACGCUCAAAAUUGGUGGGUAUGACGUGAAGAGGGUGAUGGUGGACCAAGGCAGUGGUGCGGAAAUUAUGUACCCCGACUUAUACAAGGGGCUGAAUUUGAGACCCAAGGACUUGACCGCCUACAAUUCUCCUUUGGUGAGUUUUGAUGGGAAGAUAGUCAUUCCGAGGGGUCUGAUAAGAUUACUCGUGCAAGCUAGUUCAGAAGUGGUGGAGGUAAACUUCAUCGUUGUAGACAUCCAAUUUUACAACUUGUAUUUAACCAACCGGUAA